AUGAGCCAUAUCCUGUGUCAAUUGAGUGGGAUUAAGCUGUUCGUUCUGAUAGUUCAUACGCCCGUGGCUCGCCUCUACGACUUGACUUAUACAUCCAACAUGAAGAUCAUCCUUUGUGUGAUCGCGUGGCUGUCCGUGUGCCAUUCCAUGCCACCGGAUAAGAAAAAGUCACUGCAUAUGAUAAAGACACGGAGCAUAGACCUGAACAACGCCCAUGGACUCGCCAUGGAAAGUCGGCUGCAGAAAACUGUCACACCUACCGGCUAUCGUUUAGAGCUCGAGCCGUAUAUGGAAGAUGCUGUUUUCAAAGGCCAUGUUAGUAUAAACGUGACCUGGCUUGAAGACUCGGACAGAAUCACCGUACAUUGCGCUCACGACAUUGAAAUCACCGAGUCGGAAGUCAAGGCCUAUUUGCCGAGUGGCUCGAAUAUAUUACUACAGAAAAUACCAAUAAAAAGUAUGGAAAUGGAUGUUAAGAAACCUAUAAUUACUCUCUUACUCGAGACAUCUGUCCCGAAGAAGUCCACCGGCCAUAUAAACUUUAGUUUUAAAGGAAAUAUGCAAACAAGCAAUACUGAAGCUUUCUUCAAAACUACUUAUGCCACGGACCAAGAUAUUGAAAGGAAUGUAGUCGCCACUCAACUACGCCCUAACAACGCGAGACGUAUGUUCCCGUGUUUCGACGAGCCUGGAUACAAAACCCCCUUCGAUUUGAGUGUGGUCCGACCUCGUAAUAUGGUGGCGUUGAGUAAUAUGCCAGUUGAGAGGACGGAAGAUAUCAAUGGUGAACCCAAUGCAGUGUGGGAUCAUUUCAAACGAACCCCUCCAAUGUCUACCUUCACUCUAGGCUUGAUUAUUGCAGACCUUAAGCAACUUGGCGAAUCAAUAUUGUAUAAAGACGACAAUGGGAAUACUAUUGAAUUGCGUGUGUUGGGCCGUCCGGAGUACCUUUCAGCUUUAGAAGGGGUAAACAAAAAAGUAGCUCAAGUGUUUGCAGAAGUAGCCAAUUUCUGGCAAGUUCCGCUACCUCUGAACAGAUUGGAUAUCGUCGCUUUACCAAACUAUCAGGGUGUAAAGCCGGCUGAUAAUUGGGGAUUGAUUGUGUUUAAAGAAAGUGAUUUGAGCACGCGCGGUUUCUUACAACUCGCGCAAGAGAUAUCGUAUCAAUGGCUGGGCGCGCUCGCGACACCCGCGUGGUGGUCUGACGCACAUCUCAACAAAGCGCUUGUUGGUUAUUUGGCUGCGGAAAUAGCUUUUAAGAUCAACAAUGGAUCAGAAAUGGAAGGUAAAUGGCCGAUGACAGUUCUAUACUCCCUGUACUACGAGUUUAGCAAACGCUACCCCCACUCACGUAUAACUGGCAUGAAACAGGAGACCGCUUGCACUAAAAUCGAACUUUUGUUCCGUAUGUUCAAUUAUACUAUUGGUGUAGACACUUUUAAGAAGGGACUGAGGAUGUUUAUUGAAUCUAGAAAAUUCAAGACAUUCACUGGUGACGAUAUCUGGAAUGCGCUGAACACUGCAGCCCUUACUGAUGGGAAGAUACCUAAAAAUAUAGAUUUAAAGACAGUGGCUAUGAGCUGGAUAGAAAAGGAUAGAUUACCACUUAUAACAGUUAAAAGGAAUUACGAUAGUAAUACUGCUACAAUUACUCAGAAAGUCUAUCUCCGAGAAAGACCUCAUGAUGUCCCGGACGCACAUAAGAUGUUCUGGUGGGCGCCUAUCGUAAUGGCAAGAGCUGACAAGCUGGAUUUCACCAACACUUCUCCUGUGGCCUGGAUGAAGAACAGCAGGCACUUGGAACUUACCGACUUGCCUGGGAAAGAUCACUUCAUAAUUGUCAAUCCUGAAGAAAUUGCACCUUUCCCAGUGAACUACGAAAAGGAUAAUUGGAAUCUUCUCUCAAUCUAUCUCCAAAGCGAACAUCGAACUAAAAUACCAGAACUUACAAGAGCCAAGUUGCUCCACGAUGCAUGGAAUUUGGCAUAUGCAGGUGAACUAUCAUUUGCUACAGCCUUCAAUAUGACAUUAUUCAUGAGACAAGAAAGGCACCAUUUAGUAUGGGAUCCAGUUUUUACUAUGAUCGAUCACAUCGGAAGGCAUAUUUGCUUUUGUAUUCAAGACAAGUUUAGGGCAUACGUUCGCAUCCUGUUAACUCCACUAUAUGAUGAAUUGACCAAAGAAGUUAUGGAUGAUGAGGAAAAUUGGAAGAAAAAUCUUAGAUCUCUAAGCAAGACAUUCCUUUGUCAAGCCGGCUAUAAGCCCUGUAUAUUGGAGGCCCAAGAACAAUAUGCCAAGUGGAUGCAAGCACCCAAUCCUGAUGAAGGAAACCCGAUAUCUAAUCAAUAUAUUUGCCCAGUUUUCAAAUGGGGCACCCAAAAGGAGUGGGAUUUUGGACUACAAAGAGUUAUAAAUUUCCCUCCAUCAAGGAAACCUAGUGAGAGGACGUAUCUCCUAAAGACUCUCGCCGGGUGUCCUGUGCAGGAGUACAAGAUCCAAAAAUUACUUAAUGUAACCGUGUUAGAGGGUAAUGGGAAUUUCACUGAAUCAGAUCUGUUCUUGAUCUUCAGCAUGCUAACUGGUAAUUCGCAAGGGUACACUACGCUGUUUCAUUUUCUUUAUAACAAAUGGGAUUUUCUUAAGGAAAAGUUUUCAAGCAAAACAAAUAUCUGGGAUAAUCUAGUGACAUCAGCCACGUCACAGUUUACAACACAAGCAGGGUUAGAUCUCGUUGCAAACCUGUAUAUAGAGCGUCAGGGACAGUUUGGUUCCGCAGAACAUAUAAUUGAAAAAUCUAUGAGAAACAUACGAGAAGAGGCUAAAUGGUCAGCAGAAAACUUACCCGUCAUAGAAAGCUGGUUGGAUAACUAUUUACAAAGGGCUCAGGUUAAUGAUGAUCAAUUUUUGAGUGAA